AUGAUACAAUCAGACAGAGGAGCAAGUCCUCUAAAGGACAUGAAGCCACCCACAGCCACCAACCCCAAGAAUGGUCUCUCAAAGAUCCUGCGGCUUGUGCUGCAGGAGCUGAGCAUGUUCUACAACCGAGACGUGAAUGGAGUGUGUCUGCUGUAUGAUCUCCUGCACUCCCCGUGGCUGCUGGCCCUGCUCAAGAUUUAUGACUGUCUCCAAGAUUUCAAAGAAAAGAAACCAGUUCCUGCCGCUGCUCACGCACAGGCUUUAUCCUCUGAGGUUGUGGAACUGUUACGUGGAAUGCCUAAUUCUCCCGAGAUCCAUGAGCUGCGACAAAUCCUGAAGGCUCCACAUUUUAAGGCCUUGCUUAGUGCCCAUGACACUAUAGCUCAGAAAGAUUUUGAACCCCUGCUCCCCCCACUGCCAGACACUGUUUCUGAUAGUGAAGAACCAAUGAGGAUUGUUUGCUUGGUGAAAAAUCAACAGCCUCUGGGAGCCACCAUCAAGCGCCAUGAGAUGACAGGGGACAUCCUGGUGGCGAGGGUCAUCCGUGGUGGACUGGUUGAGAGAAGUGGGUUGUUGUAUGCUGGAGACAAACUGGUGGAAGUGAAUGGAAUCUCAGUGGAGGGCCUGGACCCUGAGCAAGUGAUCCAUAUUCUGGCCAUGUCUCAUGGCACAAUCAUGUUCAAAGUGGUUCCAGUUUCUGACCCUCCUGUUAAUAGCCAGAAAAUGGUGUACGUUCGUGCUAUGACCGAUUACUGGCCCCAGGAGGAUCCUGCCAUCCCCUGCGUGGAUGCUGGGUUGCGUUUCCAGAAAGGAGACAUCCUCCAGAUUGUGGACCAGAAUGACAACCUCUGGUGGCAGGCCCGGAGAAUCUCGGACCCUGAUAGCUGUGCUGGGCUAAUCCCUUCUAACCAUCUUCUGAAGAGAAAGCAACGGGAAUUCUGGUGGUCUCAGCCUUACCAGCCUCACUCCUGCCUCAAGUCAACUAUAUUGAAUUCUAUGGAAGACGAAGAUGACAUGAAGAUUGAUGAGAAAUGUGUGGAAGCAGAUGAAGAAACAUUUGAAUCAGAGGAGCUUUCAGAAGACAAGAAGGAAUUUGUUGACUAUGGGCAGAAGUUCUAUAUCGCUGGUUUCCGCCACAGCAUGCGCCUUUGUCGCCGGAAGGCUCAUCUCAGCCGUCUGCACGCCAGUGUGUGCUGCACCAGCGCCUGCUCCAGUGCCGGGGGUGCCCCUUACGAGGAGGUGGUGCAGUACGAGCGACGUCCUUCGGACAAGCACCGCCUGAUAGUGCUCGUGGGUCCUUCUGGGGUUGGAGUCAAUGAACUGAGAAGACAACUCAUUGAACUGAAUCCCAGCCACUUUCGAAGUGCCGUUCCUCAUACUACUCGCUCCAAAAAGAGUUAUGAAAUGAAUGGGCGGGAGUAUCAUUACGUGUCAAAGGAAACAUUUGAAAGCCUCAUGUAUAGCCACAGGAUGCUGGAGUAUGGUGAGUACAAAGGUCAUUUGUAUGGCACUAGUGUGGAUGCUGUUCAAGCAGUUCUUGAGGAAGGAAAGGUCUGUGUCAUGGACUUAGAGCCUCAGGGUAUCCAAAUGGCUCGAACCCAAGAAUUGAAGCCCUAUGUCAUAUUUAUAAAGCCAUCUAAUUUGAAUUGUAUGAGGCAGUCUCGGAAAAAUGCCAAGAUCAUUACAGACUACUUUGUGGAGAUGAAUUUCAAGGAUGAAGAUCUACAGGAAAUGCAGGAGUUAGCCCAAAAAAUGGAGACUCAGUUUGGCCAGUAUUUUGAUGACGUGAUUGUGAAUGACAACUUGCAAGAUGCAUGUGUCCAGUUAUUGUCAGCAGUAAGGCAGGCUCAGGAAGAGCCUCAGUGGGUCCCAGCAGCCUGGAUUUCCUCUGAGACUGAGUCUUAG